CACGAAACCCUAAUCAUCCUAAGCUAAGCGCCGCUCACCCCUCUGUCUCCUUUCUCGUUUCUCUCUUAUUCCUGCCCGAAAAAGGAAGGAAGAAAACAGAGCAAAUCAAUUCAAUCUACCACCUCACUCUCCCAAUCUUCUAAUCAUUCCCUAUCUCGAUAGGCCCUGUUCUUCCCUAGCUAGAGUCGAUUUGUUCUCUUCUUUCUCCUUUUAUGGUGAUGGCGAGAAGAAAGGAACCUCGGCGAUUGAGGAUGGCGGUGACGAAGGUGGUUGGCGCCGGCGAUGAUGAGGACGGCGGCGGCGAAGGGCAGAGGGUUCUGGAGGACGAGGAGGAUCAACGAGCUGGAGCAAUCGCUGGCAGGCUCGAGAAACCUCGGGCGGCGGUGGUGACUCGUGGUUCCGGUUUUGGGUCUCGUGUAAAGAGAGGAGUAACGAGCCGAGCAGCCGCCGACCGUCCCGGAUCCCGUCGGCGGUGACGAAAUUAGGACAUGUGAGACUUUAAGCGCCGCCAGCGGCGGUUAGUCGUUCCACCGACGAGGGGUACUGGUAAGUUUCGAUUUAUGGGUUAUUCUGUCUCUUUUAUGUUCCAUUAUAUGGGUUUUAAUUAUUUUCUAUUGCUUUCUUUUUGUUGGUUACGGACGAAGACAAGGGAAAAUGGAGACCGCUGACAACUCUGGACUGUAUCAGUGGUUAGGGAGGUCAGCUGGCCAGCUCGUCCAUCUCGCUGGCGACGAGGGCAGAUGGAAGCAGAAGGUAAAUUCGUUUGGUUUAGGAUUUGGUGAUCUGUGUUUUAAUGGUUGGUUUACUCAUGUUAAUUGGUUUGUGGUGAUUGUGAUUCUGAGUUUUAUGCUUGAUUAUUAGCGACUUAUGAUGAGAAGAAAUUGUGAGGUUUCGGUUUAGUUGAUACCUCAAAUCUAGAAUUAAAAGUAGAUUAAUUUAUGUGUUUAGUUGUAAGAUGAUGGAAAUUUGGGUUGUUUAUAUCAGUAUUGAAACUGGGGAUUUGUAUGUAUGACUGGGUUUUAAGACUAAGCUUAUGUGUUUAUGUGAUGUAUUGGGAAAUCUGUUCUGGGUUUUUUUAUGUAACCUGUGUAUGGGUUUAGAAAUGGGAGUUUGUUUGUAAUAUGGAAUUUAGUGAUAUUUGCUGUGAUUUUACAUUCUGCAAAGUUUGUGGGUUAUGAUAAUGGUGGUCGAAUGGUAUGCUUGGGGGUUUCGAUGGCUUAAAGGUGUUAAAAUUAUAGGUUUAAAAUGGGGUUUUGGGACCUUGAGUUUUUUACGGUUACUGGUAUUAUGGAACCAGUGGUAUUUCUGAAGUACUUAUUGCUGGAAGUUUGUGUUUUUGCGAGUUUACAGAGUCUGUAUGUUUGUUUAUGAUUGUUUUUCUAUUGAAAAUAAGUUUAGAUUAGUUUUUUUGUGAGAUUUAACAUACAAAGUUCAUCUAAAUUAGAGGAAUAAUAGCAAGAAGAUGAAUAAUGAACAUAUCUGAGUUUUGUCAUGGUUUUGAAACAUGUGCAAGUUUAGAUAAUUUGGGUUAGUUAAUAAAGAGUAGCUAAAGUCAGCUUAAAGAAAAAUAAGAAUCAGAGUAGAACCUCAUAAAGUCAAGAGAUGAAGAAUAAUAGUCUAAGUAUGGAUGUGGAGAUAAAUGUAUGAGAAUGAUCAUCAUGAUAGGGGAAUAGUGACCUGGUUUAUGCUGGUCUGAUCUGUGUUUGGGUCUCUUGCUCCCUUCUGUUGUCUGCUUCUACUUAGUUUCUUUUGUGCCUUUUGCUGAGCUGGACCCUCAAACUCUGAUCCCUUCCCAUUUUCGGUGGAAUCUUUGCUGCUUCCUUCCUUUUUGUCAGUUUUUUGGUUGCUAGGACUGUGUUUCUAUUGUUGUUAUUGUGUAUGUUUUGGUAUGUUCCAAAAGAAGAAGGAAACUGUGAUUUUUCAGGGGUUUGUUCCCUCUUUUUCAGAGUGGUUCACAAGAAGGGGGGAACUAGAGUAUUUUGCUGAGAUUUAUUUGAUCUUUCUUUCUGUCUAUUUUCGGUUUUAGUUGAAUGUUUGAGGAAAGGGAAGUUUUAAAGAGUUUUUGUUGUCUCUGUUUUCAGGGGAAGAAGAGGAGGAAGAAGAAGAAAGUGUUAUCCAUGUCGGAAGAAGAAGAAGCAGCAGGGGAUCUUUCCCCUUUCUCUCGUCUGUGUGUGCGUUGUAGGGGAAAGUAGAAAGAGAAGAAGAGUCUCACUUCUCCUCCUUAAAUUUUUGGUUCUCUCUGUAUAAGAAAGAAAGAAGAAGAGUCAGCAGAUGCGUGGGGAAGAAGAAAAGGCCCACCUCUGUUGUUGGCGAAAAAUCAAGCCGCCCCUAGAAUAAUCAGCCCCCACUCCCCUUUUAUAAUACAAAAAUCCACCGUAGCUUAGGUUUCUGUCAUCCCUUGAUUGACUGUUAGGGUAGUAGACUUUGUGUAUUUUUCUGAUUGGUUGAUAAUUGGGCUGGGCUUGGUCUGGUCGAACCGGUUUGGUUUUGCCUAGAUUGGGCCUAGUUCGAAUUUGGGUUGGCCUGGUGUUAGACUUUUUGGGCUCUGAGUUCUGUUGACUUGGGCAUGGGUCAGAAUUGAUUGGGCUUGACUUUAUUGACUAGGUUUAACCCGAAUUGACUUUUGUGACUUGGUUUUGGGUUUUGACUAGGGCCCUUUUAUUUUGUCCCAUAACUGAUUGUAAUCAAUUAUAACCGUAAAUUUUGUAAUUAUAAUGUAAUGAAGAAGCCAGUAGAAGGUUUUUAUAUUUUCUUUCUUUGCCAUUCCAAAAUCGAGACAUUCCCUAAACCCCAUUGCCAUCAAAAUAACUCAAUAGCAGCGAGAUUAAGCAAUUGCCUAAUUCGUUUUACCGGUUCAAUCAAUCACCUUCAAAACUCUAUCAACCAAGAAUCAAAUUUGACAUCACCU